AUGGUGACCAGGAAGCCUCUUCCAGCAAAUGCUGCUCUCGACCCGGCAGUACGACGAGAACCAUCUUGGUCUUCCGCCAUGGACUCGGAAGCAAACAUGGUGUGGAACGACGAGCGUGAGGGACAGCAACGCCAGGGGGCGUCAGACGGACAAGCCAGUGAUGUGCCACGAUCUCUGAGGCCCGGUCAAAGCUUCUCCAACUUAUCAGGCAUCGAGGACGACAAUGUUUGGGCCGAUAACAGCGCGGAAGGGAACAAGUCUGCGACUGGUGGAGAGCCAGGUGACAUUGGCCGGGUGCCUACCGUUCUGAGGCCCGGCGGCAGUGCCCAACCGCCAAGGUCCGGUACGACGGAAGCAGACAAGGUAGGAGGCGAUAUCAACCGGAUACCAACCGUACUGCGACCAGGAGGUUCCCACGGACAACCAGAAACUAAUCCGUUCAAGAAAAAGAUGCCAGGAAGCACGCCAGCUAACGGAGAAGACACCGUCUCGGCACAGCCAGCAUAUCCACCACCCGUACCACCUGUACUAUUCCCGUCUUUUUCGAACUUGAGCAUAUCUGAAGGUCCUGAACAAAGCAAGAACCCUUGGCAACCACCAUUGAACCAUGAAGGCAACAGCCCUGCACCACCGUUGAUUCCGGAUCUGCAACAGAGCCACACCGGAGGAGACCCAUGGAAGUCUGCAAACCCAUCUCAGCAGCCCACCCCUGGACCAUCAACGAGCCCGCCAACAUUGCUCUCACUGCCUUCUGAUGAGGAUCCUGCAAAGUGGGAUGAGCAACGUUCAAGCAAGGCUCCUGAACUUUUGCCAGGGAGGGCGCCGGCAAAACCGCCUGCAACCACGGGAGACGACUGGAAUUUGAUCGAUAUCGACACACGUCCUGGUCCUCCAUCACGAAGGAGCACUUGGGAGGAUUUCGCCGACGAAGAUGAGAGCUCUCCUAAGCCGGUCACCGUGAAUAAUAUCACGGCACCUGCCGCGCCUCCUACAAUAGGAGCUACCGUGCCUCCUACACCACCGCCGGCCGUGCCUUCUACUACAACAUCUACCGUGCCCCCUAAUUCGGCGUCUGCCGUCGAACAAGCUCCCCCACUCCCCCAGAGAAGAUCGGAAGAGAAUGCACCCGAGUUACCACCUAGGUCUACUGAAGCGCAGGCCAGUUCAUCUGCGCAACCACUACGCCAGGUUGACAGGUCCGAGACAUACCAAAUCAAGAGGAUCAACUGGUAUGACGCCACGGCGGAAAUCAACCCGAGGACAUCGCCGAUUCUGAUUCAGAAUGCGAAUGGACCAUGUCCGCUUCUUGCGCUCGUCAACGCUCUCAUCCUCUCUACCCCGGCACAUCAGGACAAUACGGUCCUAGUGGAGACGCUUCGAUCACGAGAGCAAGUCAGUCUCGGGCUGCUUAUUGAUGCUGUCUUUGACGAACUAAUGUCUGAGCGACGACUGGGUGAAGACGCCGUUCUACCGGACGUUACCGAACUCUACAACUUUCUGCAGAGCCUUCAUACCGGCAUGAAUGUUAACCCACGCUUUGUCCCGACUAAGCAAAUGGAAGACGCCUUCAACCGCACAUCACUCACCAAUCUGCCUCCGACGGAGAGAGGUGGUCAGAUUCCGGGGACGUUCGAGAGUACGAGGGAGAUGAGACUGUAUUCCACUUUCUCCAUUCCCUUGAUACAUGGUUGGCUUCCGCCUAAAGAUGAUCCGGUGUAUGGAGCAUUUGAGAGACAAGCGGCGUCGUAUGAUGACGCCCAGAACCUUCUGUUCCGUGAAGAGGAGCUGGAAGCCAAGCUGAGCAGCCCCAAUGAACAGGGCUUGACUGAAGAUGAACAGCAAAUGCUCCAGGAUAUCUUUGCGAUCAAAGAUUUCUGGGGAACCUCAGCCACACAACUUACAACAUGGGGACUUGGUGUCAUCAAAAGUUCGAUGAAGCCAGGGUCUGUAGCGAUUCUCUUCCGGAACGACCAUUUUUCCACCUUGUACAAGCACCCAAUGACUGGGAAACUCAUGACACUUGUCACCGAUGCAGGAUACGCCAGCCAUGACGAGAUAGUAUGGGAAUCGCUGGUGGAUGUAAACGGUGAACGAGCCGAGUUCUUCUCUGGUGACGUCCGCCCCGUCGGCGGCGCUUCACACGACCCUAGCAACAAUCCUGCAGGCCCGCGCGGAUCAAGCUACACCGGCACCUCAUCAUACGGUAACUCGGGAGAGGGCAGCGGGUGGACGACAGUCCAGGGUCGUAGGGGACGGAAUAACAGUGGGGAUGUGCAUGAAGAUGCCCCGACAUCUCCCUCGCAUGAACAGGAGGACCACGACCUUGCGCUAGCACUGCAAUUGCAGGAAGAGGAGGAACAGCGUCAUAGAGAAGAGCAAGAACGUAGACGCCGGGAACGAGAACUCUCGGAGCAGUUCAUCGAGCAGCAAGCACGCACAUCGAACGGACAGCGAAACCAGGGCCGCGGACAAGGCCAUGCGCGCGGUGGUAGUCUUGGUGGGAAUGGUAGCGUACGGGCCGCCAGGGCCGCCAGCACCGCAAGUCUUGGGAGCCAAAGGGCGGCGGCCUUAGCAUCACGCAGCUCACUAUCGGUUUCUUCCACGGCUCCGUCCACGCGCCGAAGUACCAGCUCGAUGAACGUCUCUGCGAACAAUGGUGGAGGAGCUAGUCCGACAGCGAACAGAACCGGGGUCAGAACUUCGAGUCAGACAGUGAGAUCGCUCAUUCCGCCUCUUCCUGGUCAACAACCACAGCCCUUCACAAACCGCCCAGCAGAUGAAGGAGUAGAAGAUGCUCCACCUAGCUAUGAUGUCGCUGCUACACAGGCACCGUACAUUCCCCCAGAAGGGCAUCCCAGCCAUCCCUCAAGCAGCCCUACUGCGGCUCGCGCCACUGUUGCCAACGGCGCGGGAGCUGCACCUCCUCGCACUGGAGCGGCAAGUCCUCCACAAAGAUUGGGUUCGACCGCGGGCUCAAUGGGAUUGAGAAACCCGUCCCAAGCUCCCGGGCAUUCAUCUAUUAGUCAGGCCGGUAGACCUCAGUCCGGUUUUCCUGCGCCAACAAAGAAGAAAAUGUCGACUACCGUAGGCCUAAUAGACAACUGGUAUCCUCCCACGAGAGAAAAUUACGAUCUCAUUAUCUCCCUGUGGAAGUGGUUCCCCGUGGCCGCCUCCCUUCAAUGGGGUAUCUCCUGGUACGGAAUGGGCAAGACCUCAGUCACUAGCCGCCUCAACCUACCCGGCCGGAUCGGCUGGCUCACCAUGGAAGCGCCCGGCUUCAUGUCAUUGCUUUACAUGAUGCGCACCCUCCCCGCCCAGCACGGCUUAACCCUCAGCGACCUGCCCUGGCAAAACAAGGUGCUCGCCGGCCUCUUCGUGAUCCACUAUUGGUACCGCGCCAUCGCCUUUCCCUUCCUGCAGCCCAGCAUGGCGCCCAUACACAUCGUCAUUUGGCUCUCCGCCUUUGGCUUCCAGAUUAUCAACGGAACCUUGAUCGGCGCUUGGCUGGCGGCCUACGGUCCCACGAGCCAUGCGGCAUGGGCCAAGCAACUGUCUAGCUCGUUUCCCACACUUCAGUUCACAUGCGGAAUCGCGUUAUUCUACGUCGGCCUGAUGGCGAAUUACUACCACGAUGACGAGCUGAGGGAGAUCAGACGCCGGGAAACCCGCAGGCAAGAGAGGCUGGCGAAGCAGAAUGGGAAUAUGGGACAGCCGGGCAAGAAGGUGGAGAAGCACUACGAGAUUCCCAAGGCGGGACUGUUCAAGGUGAUGCUUUACCCGCAUUACUUUUGCGAGUGGGUUGAGUGGCUUGGGUUUUACAUGGCCGCUGGUUGGGGGUGUCUGCCGGCGAGGUGCUUCUUGCUGAAUGAGGUGGCGGCGAUGUUGCCGAGGGCGGUCAAGGGGAAGCAGUGGUAUAUGGAGAAGUUUGGGGAGGAGAAGAUCAAGAAGAAGUGGGCGGUUAUUCCGGGGGUUUGGUGA